AUGUCUCUCCAAGUUCAGGAAACCACUCCUCAGGUGACAGUAACCAAUGCCUCUUCCUCAGCCCAAUCCUACGAUCUCGUUGUCGUAGGCUUCGGCAGCACAGCACUUUCUCUCGCAACCGCACUCGCAGACUCGGAAACCUCUCUCAAAGUCCUAUUUGUCGAAUCUAAGGAUGCAUUCAACUGGGCACCUGCAUCAGUAUUGCCAGAGAAUGCCACACGCACUUCAUUCUUGCGUGAUUUGAUCACCACACGCAAUCCUCGUAGCGAGUUUACUUUUGUGAACUACCUCUUUGAAAGCGAGCAGUUGGUGCAGUUUGUCAAUUCCUCGCAUAUGGCUCCCUCGAGACUGGUCAUGGGGAACUAUCUCUCCUGGGUGGCUGAAAAGAUGCAAGAGAGACAGUGGGUGCAGUACUCAAGUACUGUUACUAGAGUCGUUCCCGUUAAGAGUGGAUCUGCCACUCAGGUUACUGGUUGGAAACUCAAUGUACAGGAUGCCCAAGGCAACAACAGCACCAUUGCUUCCAAGCGUGUUGUUCUGGCUACAGGCUCGAAACCCAAGAUUCAUGAGGCUUUGAUGGAUGCAAAGGGAAAGGUGUUGCAUUCUUCUGAAGUUGCGCCUUUGCUGCACAAUCUCAAGGAUCAGGAUAUCGCUAUUGUGGGAGCUGAUCAGGAGGCUGCGGAGAUCUUUGAGCACUUGCAGAGUGCAGGAGCUCUGCAUCGAGCGAGGGCAACAAUGUUCAUCGAGGACUCUGCACUGCGACCAGAAGACAACACUUCCUUCACCCAAGAUAUCAUCGACAACUGCCUCCCCGGCGCAACAACCUCCCAAUACCCACCCGAAUUGCGCCCUCGCCUACUCUCCCCCUCCUCCUCCUCCUCCACCACACCCACCUACCCAAAAAUCUCCCUCCGCACCCUCGAAACCCUCUACGAGAACCUCUACGCCCAACGCAUCACCUCUCCCCACCCAUCCACCUGGCGCUUCAACAUCACACCUCUAUCCCAAGUCACCUCUACAAACACCUCGGGCAACAAAACUCGUCUAGCGCUCAAAAACACACACACAAAUACCGUAUCUCAGAGCCCCCAAGCUUUCGAUGUGAUUGUUUCUGCAGGAGGGUAUGAGCACAGUACACCUUUGCUUUCCGAGAUUGAAGCUGCUGGGCUCUUGCGAGAUAAAAAGCCUACUGUGGAUGCAGAGUAUAAGUUGUGUUUGAGGCGCAAUGGAGUCGCUAAGGACUGUGGACUUUGGGUGUUGGGGAGCUUGGAGCAAGGACACAGGGAUGAGGAUAUGGGGUAUGCGGUUGAGAGGGGAAGUAGAUUGUUGGGUUCGCUGUUGGAUAGUGUUGUUGGUGAAGAAAGCAGGGGUGAGGUUGCUAUGUUGUAG